AUGAGGCCUCCCAUUUCCCUGCAUCGCUUCCCCUUCUCCUCUCCCCGCUGCUCCCAAUUCAACGCCCUCAAGGCUCGCCGCCUCGAUUCGGGCCUAGGGUUUCUCUCAUUCGAUCUAAGGAUUGGGGGGAACUCUUUGAUCGCGGCUUCGUUCGAUGAGUCGGUGAGAUCUCCUCUCUCUCUCUCUCUCUCUCUCUCUCUCUCUCGCUGCUCCCAAUUCAACGCCCUCAAGGCUCGCCGCCUCGAUUCGGGCCUAGGGUUUCUCUCAUUCGAUCUAAGGAUUGGGGGGAACUCUUUGAUCGCGGCUUCGUUCGAUGAGUCGACAAACCCUGAUAUUGAGGUGGAGAAGGAUGAGCUUAAACCAGAAGCUAACAAAGCAGAGGAAGAAUGGAAGAAAGCUUUAGAAAUUUUUAAAGAGGAAGCAAUAAAGAUGAAGGCAAUGUCAGAAGAAGCAUACGAAGUAUACUCCAAACAAGCAAUUGUUAUGCUAAAUAAAACAUCUGAAACACUGAAGAUCCAGGCUGAAAAAGCAAGACAAGAUUUGAAUGUCAUAGCCAACCAAAUAAGUGAAGAAGGGAAAGUUUAUCUUUCUAAAGCAGCAGAGGAAUCUCCUGAACCAAUAAAGGAUGUUGUCGAAACUUUUGCUUCUUCCACCAAUGAGUUGAAGGAAAUAUCUGCUGUUAGAGAUUUUCACCUUGGGAUUCCCUAUGGUGCUUUUCUCUCUAUUGGAGGCUUUCUUUGGUUUAUGCUGACUGGAAGCACGUCAGCCAUUCGCUUUGGUGUUAUUCUUGGCAGUGCAUUACUGGCCCUGAGUGUUGCCAGUUUAAGAUCAUGGAAAAGUGGGCAAUCCUCUGAGCGGCUUUUAAAAGGACAGGCUGCAAUUGCGACAAUUAUAUUUCUAAGGGAAUGGCGUCUGUUUUGCCAGACACGAUUCUUUUCAACUGGAUUGAUGACCCUUAUAAGCGGAGCGAUGGUAGCAUUUUAUGUCUACAGAAUCAUAAUAAGUGGCGGCAGCAGCAGCAAAGGCCCAGCUUCAGAACACAGUUCAGAAAAUUAAAUGUGGUCCGUAUGUAGGAAGUAACUGGAUCUUACUGGUGGGGAAUAAGAAUGGGAAAUAUUUCCUUGUUGCACCGAUGCUGCGAUGCUCCCUCACAAGGAUUGCUCGCCAGUUUUUUCACCUUUCUGCAUACAAAAGCUGAGGUAGCUGGAUAUUGGUGGGUUGUAGAAAUUACAGUGAAGGCUUUCUUCUUCUUCUUCUAUUGUCAUCUUUCGACAUGGUGAAUUUUUUUAGAAAUGAGGUGUGGUCUUAUGAGAAAGAUGUACAUUGUACGGGACCGAUCAAAUGUGUUUUUAUUUUUUAUUUGUUUUUUUUUUUGUUGUUGGUUUAAACUAUGUUAAGGAUUUGGCUAUUAGAGCAUGCGAUACCUAGCCAUUUGGGAGCCUGCUGGACUCCACUUCCCCUCUUUUUCAGGUUCAAGUAUUUAUCGGAUGUAAUAUUGAUGCACCAUUCUUAUAUCAUGUGUGAGCUGCUGCUUGAUUAAUGAGCUUUAAACC